CAAUAUAAAAACAACCAGUACAACCAACACAUCUUAUCCCUAAAGAUGACCCUCCAUAAAGCCUCUCAGAUCCUCCUCCUAGAUGGCGGCCUCGGAACUACGCUGGUAGACUCCUAUAGCUGCGUCUUUGAUGAGCGCACGCCACUCUGGUCGUCGCAGCUACUGCUAUCCAGCCCCUCUACUCUUAAAGAUGUGCAAACUGCCUUUGCCCGUGCAGGUGCCGACAUCCUGCUUACUGCUACCUAUCAAGCGUCCUUGGAAGGUUUUGCACGGUGCGACGUCCCUAAACAAGAGGCGACCCGCUACAUGCGUUCCGCCGUUAAGAUCGCACGCGCUGCGUUUGAAGGGCGGAGCGGCCGGCUAGCAUUGAGUCUCGGUGCGUAUGGCGCGACUAUGAUCCCGGGGCAGGAGUAUAGCGGGAGAUAUGGGGAUCGUGUGAGGGCGGAGUGGUUGCGGGAGUGGCAUCUUCAGAGGGUAAGGCUAUUUUAUGAUGGGAUGGAGACGCCAGUGACGGAAAGAUGUUGGGAGGAGAUUGACUUUCUAGCUUUUGAGACGCUGCCGUUGCUAUCUGAGGUCUCGGCUGUGAGAGAAGCAAUGGGUGCAGUCGCAAGAGAGGUUUGGGGAUGCGAGAAGGAAUUUUGGAUUAGUUGUGUAUUCCCUGGCGAGGGAAAUGUAUUGCCGGAUGGGAGUUCUGUGGAACAGGUUGUGAGAGCCAUGCUUGGGAAGAAGGAGGGAGCGGCGAGUCCUAGCGGAGUUGGCAUUAAUUGUACUCGGCUAGGAAAAGUAGAGGGGUUGAUUAUGGAGUUUGAGAAAGCGGUUAAUAGGAUGGUGGAUGCUAGUGAAGUUGAUCAAUGGCCAGAUCUGGUGAUAUAUCCGGAUGCAACGAAUGGAGAAGUGUACAACACGACGACGAUGCAGUGGGAAACCGGCAAGAACGGAUCGAAUUCGACUCUAUGGGAUGAAACAUUGUUCGAUAUUGUUAGCCGCGCACGAGAUCGAGAGUCGUGGAGGUCCAUUAUUGUUGGUGGUUGUUGCAAGAGCACACCCGUUCAUAUAGCGAAACUUCGAAAUAGAAUAGAUGGGAUAGUGCGGACAUGAGACUUAAAAGCAUAUCCUCCACUCUUAUGCUUUUGCUACCGCUGUUGGAUUUAAGGGUGACUAAAAUGAUGUAGCCUGACCUACUGAUCGUAGGCAAGCGAGAUGCGUAAAACAGGGACGAAAGCUGCCCUUUUCAGCAGCCUCCUUGCUAUCACAUUGUUGAAUGGAG